UUAAGCGCAAUGUUUGGCAUCAUCUCAUUCUCAACUGAGAAUCGAUAUUGACAUGCGCCAUACGAGACGUGCGUACGUUUCUAGUGAUUUAUUCAAACGUUUCAUGACUUUACGUUUGUGACAGUGACUACAAUGAGUUACAAUCAUUCGGAUUACGUUUUGACAAAACUUGUGACGAAUUUUUUAAGUGAUGACAUCUCUAAUUAUACUAAUCAUAGUGAAGUGACGCAAACGCAUCUGUUUGAUUUGUACGAGGCGUAUAGAACCAAGGAACGUGAACAACUCAGUGCUUAUAAAUCUAUUGCUUAUGUGUUUGGUGUUGUGAUAUUCCUCAGCAACCUAACUGUAGUCAUCUCCAGUGGUCUUAUUAUUAAGAAAGGUCAACAACCAAAAAGUACAUAUCUCCUUCUCGGAAAUGUCUCCCUUGCCGACACAAUUAUCGGAAUAUCGAUCAUUUUUGGGGCCAGCGUUGAAACGGCCACAAGCUCAAACACGCUGUGCAUUUUCCAAAUUGGUAUGUUGGUUUGUCCAGCCAUGGUGUCAAUAUUCAGCGUUGGCAUGAUCGCCGUGGAUCGAUACAUCUACAUAUUACACGGAUUGUAUUACCAAAGAUGGUGCAAUACAACCAAAGUGAGAAUAAUAAUAAUGUGCAUUUGGAUGAUCGGUUUAACUCUUGGAUUCAUGCCUGUCACCGGUCUGGUGAAUGAAGAUCAUAUAGAUAUUAAAUGCACCUACGUUUCACUCUUUCCUAGUAUUCUUAUACUAAUAAAUUCACUUUUAAGUAUAAUACCAAUCCUAUUAGUAGCAGUAUUGUAUACCAUCAUCCUCUUCAAAGCUCUUAAGAAUGCUAAACAAAUAAAUAAUACAUUAAAAACAGUUAGAAUUAAAUCAUCCAGCGACGCAUCAGAAAUAAGAGCUUACCGCGGACACGGGAAUUAUAAAGCAACACAAUCAGUGAAAGUUGCUAGAAAAUUAAGCGUAACAAAAAUUAAAAGGAGCGCUUCAUUUGAUACUGUCGAUGGACUUAAAACCGAAUUUAAAACUAAUAAAGAUAAAUCAAAAAGCACCGAAAACCUUAGCAACGAUCAAAAUGAAAAUGGUAAUUUGAAUAAUGGAAUGACUUAUUCCAAAACAUCAAACAAACGUGUAUUUGAUACUAGUUUCCUCACUAUCAGUACAUCAACGAUUAUAAAUGAUUCGAUAGCUGAUAUUAGACAAUCGCCUCAUAAAAUUGCAAAAGCCAUAGCAAAUUGCACAACCCGUUAUAAAGAGAAAAUGAAAGAGCCCAAUAGAUUGAGGGCGGUCUUAAUAGUGAUGUUAACAACGGGCAGUUUUAUAACGACAUGGAUACCGUUUUUUAUAACGGCUAUUUUCUACGUAUUCUGCGAGGAAAAAAUGACAAAUCCUAAAUGCAUAGAUAUGAGGAUAUUGCUGCGAGGCCCGUUGGCAGUAACGGCUUUUUGUAAUAAUAUAUUAAAUCCUUUGAUUUACGCAUGGUGGCAUAAAGGAUUCCAACAAAGUAUCAAGACAUAUUUCCAGAAGUACAUUAAAAGUAUAUUCAAGAAUCCUUACCUCUGAUAAAUGUUAACGCUCUUUUUUGAGUAAUGUUUUUUAGUUACUUUAAGAUACUGGUUUUGAUAAAUAGCAUUUAUAACGCUUUACUCGUGUAGAAUUCCUACUAGGCAUUCUCCUUUAACUCCAAAUGGAGAUACCAUAAAAUAAAUGACUUCGCAAUUUCUUUUCUCAUCAUUAUGUGAUCUAUAAGCGAUAUAUCUAAGAGCGUCGGUGACUCAGAGGUCAAGCACGUGACUUGCAAUCUGCGGGUCCUGGGUUCGA